AUGUUUGCUGAAUUUGGGUCAAAGUCCGGAUCGGGGGUGGCUCUUCGAACCCGCUGCCGUACUGUCCAUGGGGUUGAUACAACUCUCCAUAUCUUGCUCAACAUCAUUAGCACAUGCAUCUUGGGUGCCUCCAACUAUUGUAUGCAGGGUAUCAGCGCCCCUGCACGAGAGGAGAUUGACACCGUGCACAAGAAAAAGAAGUGGGCAGACAUUGGGAUUCAAAGUACGAGGAAUUUGACGUUGAUUGCUCCCAAACGGGUCUUUAUAUGGGCCUUGCUGGGGUUUACUUCCGUGCCGUUUCAUUUAUUUUUCAAUUCUGUAUUUUUCACUGCGAGCCAGGCCCGACACUCCGAUCCGUUGAAUCUGAUUGAAUAUAAUCGAAAGGACAGCGGACUCCAAAUAGUCAGAUUGCUCCAAGAUAUUCAAAACACUUCAACCCGAAAUACGAAUUUUACGAAGCUAGCCCCGAAAGACUGCAUCCAAGACUACGCAACAAGUUUUCAAGAAAAGCGGGGGGAUGUUGUAAUUGUUUCGAAAAUUCGCAAUAACUCGGCGCCGCUGCUGUGGAGCCGAUAUCCUCAAAGAUAUCUCACCGAUGGACAUACAAACCAGGAUCCAUUUAGAUGGAUAUGUGAAGACUCUACUCAAAACACGGUCCGUUGCAAUUCAGACCUUGCUCUGUCUAAGACCAAUAACGGCAAUAAUUGGGCUGUCUAUGGAGAACCGGUGGAUUACUGCCUCAGCCGCAAUACACACGACACCUGCCAGCUCGCCUACAAUGUAUGGAUGAUGCUCGCUGUCGUCGUCUUCGACAUCUUCAAGACAGCUACUAUGAUCUGGAUGAUCCUACAGCAUCCCAUCGGCGCCCUCCGCACCUCCGGUGACGCUAUUGCCUCUUUCCUCAACCGUGAAGAUGAAACGACUCGUGAUAUGUGUCUCGUCAGUCCUGCUACCCUCCAUCGCUCCGGCUGGCUCGAUUCGUUCCCACCACAACUCCUCACCUCCGCGACCCAUCACAUCCGCUGCUGA